AUGGGCAGAACCACCUCUUUCAAUGAGACUGAAAGCCCCUCUUCUAGUUCAUCUUCACCCGAGAUACGAAAAGUAUUGAUAUCCGGAGCCGGGAUCUGUGGCCCAGUGAUAGCAUUCUGGCUGGCCAAGGCCGGAAUACAGGUGACCGUUCUCGAGCGUUCUGCAAGUUUUCGACCAGGAGGACACACCAUCAGUCUCGCGGCUCCCGGAAUUGAAGUCUUGGAGCUCAUGGGACUCAUGGAGCAAGUUGAGCAACGGAUGACCAAGCAGAUCGGCCUCAAGUUCCGCAACAGGAACAACCAAACCCGCGGGACGUUCCCCUUGAAAGAUCACGGCUUCAGCUUCACUAGCGAUGUCGAGAUCGUCCGCUCUGAACUCGCCAAACUGCUCUAUCAGGCCUCCCUAUCCGACCGAGUCGAAUACAUCUUUGGAGAUGCGAUCGAUUCGAUCGAUGAAUCCGACCAUUCGAUCCGGGUCAGUUUGCAAAACGACAAAUCAAGAGUCAUGGAGUACGACAUCCUGAUCGUAGCUGAAGGCACUUACUCGCAGACCCGGUCAAAAGUGUUCAAGGAGGACGUAACCGCCCCUUUGAAAUUCUUUGACCAGUGGGUGGCCCUAUUUUCCUACAAGGCUAACCCUGACGAGCUUACUGAGCGAUGGGGCAAUUGGUACCACAUCCCCAACUGUCCAUCAGUUGUAGUCCGGCCGGAUGGACUUGGUAAUAUGAGGGUCAUGAUUCUCGGUCUCCGGAGCCCGGAGAUGACAGACACGCUGACCACUUCCCAAGUUUCAGACGAGAUCAAAAAGGAAUACUUGAUCGAUCUAUACAAGGGCACGGGCUGGCAAUCGGAAAAGUUUGUCGACGCGAUCAGGAACGCAGAGGACCUGUAUUUCCAACGAGUAACGCAAACCAAAUGUCCGACUUGGUCGAAAGGAAGAGUCGUCCUCGUCGGCGAUGCCGGCUAUUGUCCCUCGUCUAUGACCGGGAUGGGCACGACAGUCGGGCUCGUCGGCUCGUACGUUUUGGCUGGCAAAAUCGUCGAGAACCAAGCCGACCACAAGGCCGCCUUCAAUGCUUACGAAGAACUCUUGAGGGCUCCCAUGGAAGCCGUUCAUACUUUUCCACCCGGUUAUCCAUGGAUCGGAUGUCCUGAAAGCUAUCUCGGAAUCUUCUUGCUCCAUUUCUUCCUCCGUGUGGCUGGCUACAUCCAAGCCAGCAAAGCCUUCUCUUUCUUCAGUCGGCUCAAAGAAAAGCUUUCAACUCCCGACACUCUCGAGCUCCCUGAACCCUCUAUCUUUGUCGAAAAACAAAGCUCCAUCGUCAGCCCAAUCAAAUAAACUUCGUUGUAAUUAUUUUUGUUUUUGUUUUGAUAGUGUUCACUCUUUU